AGCAUUGCGUAUAACGGAUAAUGAAGCCUUCGAGUGGGUGUGGAAGCUUUAACAAUGCAUUCGUACUUUGUCGUGGCUCGCGUCCACUAGUCCACCCACAAAGCGUUUAUGUAUGAACCCCACAAGCGUCUGUCCACCGCGAAGCACAAUGCCAUUUCCACCUCUGGGAAUCGUAUAUAGUCCAGCCCGAAUGCCUGCCUGGUAUCAUCAUCACCCCAAGGAGAAUCAGGCAUUCACCGAAGACAGAAUCAAGCAGCACCCUCUAUAAUCAACUUUCAAAUGUCUCCUACCAAGGUCUAUGUUUGCUCUCAGGCCAAGUGCGGCGAAACUUUUACCAAGUUUACGGAAUUCAAGAGACAUGAGGCUAGGCAUGCAGAAAACGUGUACACCUGCACCUUUCCGGGAUGUGACUUUGCGACGCUGAUAAAAAGAAGCUUCGAUGUCCACUCCGCUAAACAUACCGGCGAGCAACGCUAUGGUUGCCCUCAUGAUUGCACCUUUAGGACCCACGAUCCUUCUGCCUUGACGCGCCAUCGCAAAACGAAACAUGGAUAUGUUCCUCUUCCGCGCAGCGGACGCGGCGGCGGUCGUGUUGCUGCCCCCUCCGCAUCUGACGGGACCCCAUCGUCCCAGCCCUCUGCUUCGUCCUACCAAUCCCACCCUCACAGCCAAGACCCGUCGUUGGUCUUCUAUGACCCGGUGGAUAGUGAGGACGACUUUACCAUGUUUAGCGAACCCGUGACGACGGCCAAUGGGUGGACUGAGGGCUGCAUGUGCCCCGAAUUCAUGCAAAGACGCCCUUCGGAGAUGUUUGGUUAUGCAUAUAGGCAAUAUUAGUUUGCAUAAACUCAAGGUGGCUUGUGUUCGUCGGCAGUGAAACCCUCCCCUCGUUGUAUACAUCUAUUGUUUUUCACUUAAAAGCACUUUACGAUGUCGUCUAAAGGCUUAUACACUCUUUCAUAAAUGCACUAGUAAUCAUACGCUCUUUUCUAAAUUAUGAUGUUCCUCAAACAUACUGUGUGCCUCUGCUUUCGGGGUCCUUCCGUGACUGUAAAGGACUUGCUUUCCUCCGCAUUGCGCAACUAGAAGGGCAUGAACGCCCCUGAAUCAAACCCAACCAACUCUGCAGCGCCUGACUCCGACUCUACCUUCGUCCCUCAGCUUUCAUCUUACAAUGACUGCAUGACUUGUCGCGUCAUAGGAAGCGGGGCGUUCGCUGCCACUGGCGUCUACGCACUGAGCAUGGCCCGUCCCAGCGCACCGGGAAGUAUAUCUAAGUUGGCAAAAGGAUCAUGGGUG